UAGAUAUCUAAAAGAACAAGACACGGACGACAAAAGAAAAAAGAAAAAAUAGUCAAGACACGAUUUGAUGGGUUGGUAGUGUAUUUCAUGUUUGGUAGAAGAAUUAAUCUUCAUGACAGUCUGUUAAUUUCCUUAUUUGGGAUGUCGUGUACAAAGAGAUACACUCUUCCUCUUUUCUUGAAUUCUUGCUCAUCCUCAUCCUCUUUCUGCUCAAACAGCUGAGAAUCAUGGCGAAGAAGAAAGGCGUCAAGUACUUUGUGGUGGAUGCUUUCACUGAUUCUGCUUUCAAAGGGAACCCAGCAGCCGUUUGUUUCCUCAACAACAACAACAACAACAACAACGAGAGAGACGACACGUGGCUUCAGUCUAUCGCCACCGAAUUCAACAUCUCCCAAACUAGUUUCCUUACUCCCAUCCCCGGUUUCCAAGCUCGCUUCAAUCUCCGUUGGUUUACCCCUCUAGCCGAGGUGGAUCUUUGUGGACAUGCGACUUUGGCAUCUGCUCAUUGUCUCUUCUCCAAUGAUUUGGUUGAUUCAGACAGUGUCGAGUUUGUCACAAGGUCAGGGGUUCUUACAGCCAAGCGAGUCUCAGAGCUCAAUGAUGAUGGUGAAGUGAAAAGAGGAUCCUUUUUGAUCGAGCUGAAUUUCCCUGUGGUUCCAACUUGCGAUAUCGAUCUCAGUGAUGCUUCCUCCUCCUUGAUCGCCAAGGCCUUGAACGGAGCUACCAUUCUUGACACUAAAGCUACUGCCACCAACAACAUCCUCGUUGUGCUUCCAUCUUUGGAAUCUGUCACCGAGUUGCAGCCAAGAAUGGAUGAUAUAUUGAAAUGCCCUUGCGAUGGCAUCAUCGUCACAGCUGCUGGUUCUGCCGGAUCAGCUUAUGAUUUUCACAGUCGUUACUUUGCUCCUAAACUUGGUGUCGAUGAGGACCCUGUUUGUGGAAGUGCACAUUGUGCGUUGGCACAUUAUUGGAGCCUCAAGAUGAACAAGUGUGGCUUCUUAGCUCACCAAGCUUCGCGUAGGAGUGGAACACUUGGGAUUCAUUUAGACAAGGAGAAGCAGAGGGUUCUCCUGAGAGGCAAAGCCGUUACUGUUAUGGAAGGCCAUGUCUUGGUCUAAUCUGAGAUCAUGUAUUGCUACACAAAAACAAAAAAAACAAGCUCCUUCCACUAAUGAAUAAAGACAGGAAACCACUGAUAUAAAUUAUUUGUGUUCAUUACAGUUAUUUCUUUGGGAACUUUCUUUGUUGUGGUAAGUAAAUCAGAUCUUGUCUGAUUUGAUAUAACAGAAGACGUUUUUCUAAAAAUUUCUGUCACUAUUCAAUGAGAUUCAAAAACUCGUCUAAAUAGUAAAUACUCAUUUUGAUGAACAUAA